AUGACAUUAAUAGACGAAGAGAAAUUUCAUUUGCAGGAGUACACUGAAAAAAAGAAGAGAAAUUUAGAGGUUGAUCUACCACUUUUAGCUUCUUCCUCCUCCUCUUCUACAUCAUCAUCUUCUACUACAACAACUACUAGUACCUUUUCUAAAUCACCAAUACCACCAACAACAACAACAACAAAUGGAUUAGUAUCAGCAAUUGAAGAAUUAAAAUCGUUUACUUCUACUACCGCUACUACAACAACUACUGCUAGUACAUCAGUGGUCGUACCAAAUAAUAGUAUUCAUAAUACACAAGCAUCUACUAUUCCAUACCAUCCAACUGGUAAUGAAGGAUGUAGCAAUAGAAUACAUAAUAUCAAGAAUAGUCCGCACUAUCACAAUCACAAUAGUAUCGAGUCGCUUCCAACAUCGGCCAUUUACAACUACUUGCAAGGUCUCAGAAACAGCAGUAGUAGUUUGUCAGGUGAACAACAUGCACAACAAGCUCAACAAAUACAAAUGCAACUCAUGCAACAACAACAACAACAACAACCUCAAACAACAACAAAAGAUUGUUCAUCUUGUAGUAGCAGUAGUAGUAGUAGUAGUAGUCAUCGAAAGGAUUAUAGUACCAUUGAUAUCACAUCAAGUGGUGUCGAAUAUAGUAUAGAUGAUCAUGAUGACUCUGAUCAAGAUGAUGAUGGUGAACCAUCCUCUUCAUCUUCUCGUCCACAUAGUCAUCAUAAUCAAUACUCAAAUACUCCUGGUGCAAUGUCGUCCUAUCACCAUCAUCAUCAACAACAACAGCAACAACAACAAAUGGCAUCUUCGUUGGCCAAUCUGUCACAUGCAAUUGUCAACCAAAUGGAUAAACCAACUUGUCCCAAUUGUCAUGUGAUUGCAACUCGUAGACAUGAUAAAAGAAGAUGGUGGUGCAAGAACUGUGUCAAAUCAUUUACACCCUUUAGAAAGGGUAAAAAGUAUAAUGAUCCAAACUCUUCCAAUCCAAGUCUUGCUCCACAAUGUGGUCGUUGUAGUACUCAAGCUACCAGAAAGCAUGAUAAAAGAAGAUGGUGGUGUAAAAGUUGCAAGAAACCUUUUACUCCAAAUCAAUUUAGUGAAAAUUCACAAGUUAUUUAUGUAGUUGGACCAAAUGGUAGUAGAAAUGGAGGUGAUUGUUGUGGUAGUGAUUGUGAACAAUACGAUUGUUGUUCAGAUGAAAAGGUUCCUGGUCGACUAGACACUUUGUUGAAUCAUCCACAAUCACCAAUCAUUCAUAAUGGAUUAGGAUCAAGUAAUGGAAUGGAUUUACCACCUCCAUCACAACAACCAUCACAACCUUUGAUAAACCUUUCAUCAGAGAUUUUCGAGAAAAAGAGAAAGUACAGUAAUGACGAUAACAGUAAUAAUAAUGAGGGAUUCAAAAAAUUCAAUAAUUCUUUAUCAUCAUCUUCUUCUUCUUCUUCAACAUCAACCAAUUCGCCUCCAACAUCGUCGUCUUCGUCGGCUUCAACAUCAUCCAAUAUAAUCAUGUUGGCUCAACAAUCUUCAUCACCAACUUCAGCAUCAUCUUCACUAUCAUCAUCACCACUUCCACAAUCGCCAACUACCCCUCCCAUUAUUUCUGUACAUACUCCUUUUCCCUCCUCUACUCUUCAAGCCUUGGCAACAUCAUGUACUAUAUCAUCAAGAUCCCCUCUUACACCUCCCAUUUUAAAACUUACCAAUAAUUACGAUAUCCUAGAUUCAAAUAGUAAUAUUAAUAAUAAUAAUAAUAAUAAUAAUCCAUCAUCGUCAUCUUCUUCAGAUUAUCUUAAAGAUGUUGUUGGUUCAACUACAUUAAAACCAAUGUUACCUUCAGUUGAAAUUAUUUCCAAUAAUAAUGGUAAUCAACAGAUUCUACCAGAUAUUAAACAAAUCCAUAGCGAGAUCAUUUUGGAUAAUGCCAUGAAAACAUUGGUCAGCAUCAAUGGAGAAGACCAAUUACAAUGUGUAGUCAAUGGUGACACCUCCAAGAAAUAA